CGUGACGGGUCUUUCAAGCGUGGACUCUCGGAAAAGAUCAGCACUCAGCAGUGCCUCAUGCAGCGCCUGCUCGGUGUUGACGUUCGGAAGAUACGAUUGGCUCGAGACUCUACCGUGUCCCUCGAUAUCUCGCCGGUGGUGCGCAUCGUUGCUGCGGACUGCGUUAUCUCGGGUGUACAUACGUGGAAAACGCCGAGUCAUUCCAUUUGAUCAUUUCUACACUCCAUACUCCAAAUUACGGAGUAUCCGCGCCGCUAACAGCCAGCCGAAAAACAGAAAUUCAGACAAAUAUGCACUGCUAUGUGAGUACCAUACCGGGGUCCAUAAACAAUUUGUUUCAAAACAAAGAACCAUGGCAAAUAGCAGCUAUGACGAGUACAGCCACCCUCGCUACAGUGUGGCUGUGGAAUUUCAUCUAUCAGGAUGAGAGCCUUUUAGAACGUGGCAAGAAACAGCUGUUCAGACUAGCUCGUUAUAUUCCCUCGGUGCGAGACAGGAUAAGUAAAGAGUUAGGUGAUAUUAAUGAAAACUUCGAAAAGGAUGUCAUACGCAGACUCAAGGACGCUAAGUUUAUUGUGCAGCUUCCCAAAAGUGGAUUGAAAAAUGAGAACAUCAAGAACUUAAUAAAUGAGUUUAUUCAUCUGGGUGACUACGAUUGGAAAGGAGGUCGUGUAUCAGGUGCAGUUUAUAGAACUAACAGCGAACUUGCGGAGUUAAUGGGCGAGGUAUACGCUUUGGCAUCUUAUACAAAUCCACUUCAUCCUGAUGUAUUCCCCGGCAUUUGUAAAAUGGAGGCAGAAGUAGUCAGGAUUGCCUGCCACUUGUUUAAUGGAGACAAAGCAUCUUGUGGAACUAUGACCACCGGAGGUACGGAGUCAAUUUUAUUAGCGUGUAAAGCAUACAGGGAUUAUGCUCGUGAAGUCAGGGGCAUCAGAAAACCAGAGAUAGUUCUGCCAGUUACCGCUCAUGCAGCAUUUGACAAAGCCGCGCAAUACUUAAACAUAAAAAUACGUUCCGUACCUGUCAAUCAGCACAGUUUUACAGUUUGCAUCAAAACUAUGAAAAAGUCAAUUACAAAUAAUACAAUCAUGUUAGUAGGCUCGGCGCCAAACUUUCCUUACGGAACUUUGGACAAUAUUGAGGCAAUAUCUAAAUUAGGGGUAAAGUACGGUAUACCCGUUCAUGUGGAUGCCUGUCUAGGCGGUUUUCUAGCAUGUUUUAUGUCUGAUGCUGGUUUUCCUUUACCACCCUUUGACUUCAGGCUUCCCGGCGUGACCAGCAUAUCGGCUGACACCCAUAAGUACGGAUAUGCUCCGAAAGGAUCUUCGUUGAUCCUUUAUCGAAACAAGGAAUACCGACAUUAUCAGUACUGCGUAACAACGAAUUGGCCCGGAGGUAUUUACGGGUCACCAACCAUCAGUGGCUCUCGAGCCGGUGGUAUUAUAGCCACUUGCUGGUCGACAUUAAUGUUCUAUGGACACGACGAAUAUGUGAAAUCCACUAAAAAAAUCAUUGAAACUACCAGAUAUAUCGAACGAAAGUUGAGGGAAAUGAAUGGAAUUUUUGUGUUUGGCACACCAGCAACAUCUGUCAUUGCAAUCGGUUCCAAUAAUUUUCACAUCUACAGACUAUCAGAAGCUCUCAGUGGCAAGGGAUGGAAUUUGAAUACCCUACAAUUCCCUAGCGGUAUACACAUUUGUAUUACACAUGUACAUACUGAGCCAGGAGUUGCCGAUGAAUUUUUAGAGGAUGUUAAGACGGAACUGGAAAUUAUUAUGCAAAGCCGAAGUACUCCAGUGGAAGGAAAGCUUGCAAUGUACGGAAUGAGUCAAAGCAUCCCGGACCGAAGUGUGGUCGGCGAUUUUACAAGAUGUUUUUUGGAUUCCAUGUACUACACCGAAGAAAAUGAAACACAUGAAUAAUCCCAUAUCUUCUAAAAAAUGUAAUUUUGAUAUAUUAUUACAAUGAAAAUAUAAAGUGCAUACAUUUUCUA